AUGGGUGAUUACCAUUUUGUGUACAAGGACGUAGAAGGAGCCUCUACUCAAUGGGACGAUAUUCAGAGAAAGCUCGGAAAUUUGCCCCCGAAGCCCCCCGCUUUCAAGCCCCCACCUUUCACCCCUUCCUCUGAUCACCAACCCAAAGACAAAACCUGGAUCGAUUCUAAAACCUCCGAUGAACUCGAAGACCUCGAAGAUGACCUCGACGAUGAUCGAUUCCUCCAGGAAUACAGGAAGAAGAGGUUGGCUGAGAUGCAAGAAGCAGCUAAAGUACUGAGGUUUGGGUCUGUGAUUCCUAUUUCAGGAUCUGAUUUUGUUCGAGAGGUGUCACAGGCUCCAUCUGAUGUUUGGGUGGUUGUCAUCCUUUACAAGGAAGGGAUUCCUGAAUGUGGAUUGUUGAUGCAAAGCAUUGAAGAAUUGGCGGUAAGAUAUCCUGCAACAAAAUUUGUAAAGAUAGUAUCUACUGACUGUAUCCCAAACUACCCGGAUCGAAAUGUUCCUACUUUAUUGGUUUACAACAAUGGGGCAGUCAAAGGAAAUUAUGUAGGUUUGCAUAGUUUCGGGCGAAGAUGUACUCCUGAAGGUGUUGCAUUAGUCUUGUGCCAAUCGGAUCCUGUUCUUCAUGAUGGUCAUAAUAGAAAUGAGGAAGUUAUUGAAGGAGUCCGCAAACGGUUUAUAGAGAAAGUUGUUGCUGAUCAUGAAGAAGAGGAUGAUGAUGAUUACUCAAGCGAUUAA